AUGACGGGGAAAGCGGGGGAAGCGCUGAGCAAGCCCAAAUCCGAGACAGUGGCCAAGAGUACCUCGGGGGGCGCCCCGGCCAGGUGCACGGGGUUCGGCAUCCAGGAGAUCCUGGGUUUGAACAAGGAGCCCCCCAGCUCCCACCCGCGGGCUGCCCUCGACGGCCUGGCCCCCGGGCAUUUGCUGGCCGCGCGCUCCGUGCUCAGUCCCGCAGGAGUGGGCGGCAUGGGGCUGCUGGGGCCCGGGGGGCUCCCCGGCUUCUACGCGCAGCCCACCUUCCUGGAAGUGCUGUCCGACCCGCAGAGCGUCCACUUGCAGCCGCUGGGCAGAGCGUCGGGGCCGCUGGACACCAGCCAGACGGCCAGCUCCGAUUCUGAAGAUGUUUCCUCCAGCGACCGAAAAAUGUCCAAAUCGGCUUUAAACCAGACCAAGAAACGGAAGAAGCGGCGACACCGGACAAUCUUUACUUCCUACCAGCUAGAGGAGCUGGAGAAGGCAUUCAACGAGGCCCACUACCCAGAUGUCUAUGCCCGGGAGAUGCUGGCCAUGAAAACAGAGCUGCCAGAAGACAGGAUACAGGUCUGGUUCCAGAACCGCAGGGCCAAAUGGAGGAAACGGGAGAAGUGCUGGGGCCGGAGCAGCGUCAUGGCGGAGUACGGGCUCUAUGGGGCCAUGGUGCGGCACUCUAUCCCCCUGCCAGAGUCCAUCCUCAAGUCUGCCAAGGAUGGCAUCAUGGACUCCUGUGCCCCGUGGCUGCUGGGGAUGCACAAAAAGUCGCUGGAGGCAGCAGCGGAGUCGGGGAGGAAGCCCGAGGUGGAGCGCCAGGCGCCGCCCAGACUCAACAAGGUGGAGCAGGAGGAGGGGGGCCCCGAGCCCCCAGCGGCCAUGUCCCAGGAGGAACUGAGGGAGAACAGCAUCGCAGCGCUCCGAGCCAGAGCUCAGGAGCACAGCACCAAAGUGCUGGGGACUGUGUCUGGGCCCGACAGCCUGGCCCGAAAUGCCGAGGAGCCCGAGGAGGAGGAGGAGGCCGUGGACGAAGACAGGCCGACAGAGAAGCUGAGCCCACCACAGCUUGAGGACAUGGCUUAGGUGGAGGGCUGGCAGAUGCCGAGCCCCAGGACUCUGCUCUCCUCGGGGCCUGUGGUGCUGGGAGGUGUUCUCCGAGGCAGGGCUCGGGCCUGGCCUCUGCCACCCUCCCCCUGCCCCACAGCCCCCCCCCCCAUGACCCCUGGGCUGACUUCAGGCACAACUCAGUUCUGGCCGAGGCUUUGGGCCAUGCUGAGACAACCCCUAUCUAGUCUUGACCUCUCCAGCAUCCUCUUCCUCAUCCCAACGGCCCUGCCUCAGAAGCCUUCUUGCUGCCCCAAACCACCCCAUCCAGCCGCUUUCAGUCGGUCCCUUGGGGACUCUCACUGUCCAAAUCCACCCUCACUCUCUGUUCUCUUGCUUGAAAGAGCCUCCCCUCCCCAGCUGUACACCCUCUACACCCCCUGUGGGUUCUGCUCGGCCCAGGCCCAAAGCCCACCGCCACCAACUCAUUGCUUGCCACGACAGUGACAGGGACUGAGGACCUGCCCUCUAGUACCAAAGUCCUGAGCCCCCCAGUCUUCAGCAAAACUGGGACCCAGAUUCCAGGUUGAGCUUGGAAGGUGUCAUCCUGAGCCCCUCCGCCCCCCUCCAUCUCAUGCCCUUCACAGUCACCCUCAGGAACCUGCCCGCCCUCUCCACCCCCAGCCUGCCCCACCGUUCCCCCCAGCAUGGCUGCCGGCACCGCAGGUGGCCACAGACAGUACCUGCAGCGCCCAGGGCCUGUGCCCUGCAGCCAGGGGGCCCCUUCACAAGUGCUGUGGUCAGGGCACGGUUGGGGAGGCCAAACUCUUACCCAGAGCCCUUGGGUCUGCAUUCUGAAGCAUCCUGACCACCCGAUAUGCUACCUGGGACCCUGACUUGCUGUGCAAGACACCCUUCUAGACCUUCUUGCAGUUUAUUGGUGCGCAUGUGUCCUGCCUCGGAGCAACCCAACCCAGCUAUAAAGUGAACACAUAGGAAGCCACAGAUCUUGGCUCGACUUGAUAUGGGCCAUCCCUGGGAGGCCAAGCCUGGAGUGGGUCUGGGGCUACUAUAAGC